GUGGAUUAGGUAAUGCAGCAAAGUUCCAAGCUGCGAGAUGUUCCGGGCGUCACAUGACAUGGAUGCCGAAUUAGCACGGGUCCGGUAAAACCUCAAUCAAGAUCCCUCAGCCAAGGUCCCCCAAGCUCUCGCCCGAACCCAUCGUCCCGGUUGACAAACACCAUCUCCGCUCAUCACAAAAAUGGCGUCCCGCUUGGCCAGAACCGCGCUCGGGGCUGCCCGCCUCCGACCCGCCGCCCUCGCCCAGCAGCGAGCGGCCCUGCCCGCGCUGACGUCGCUCACCACCACGCGCGCCUCGUCCAACGUGCCCGCCGAGGACCCCAAGGCCAAGGCCCAGUCGCUCAUGGACGCCAUCCCCGGCAACUCGCUGGUGUCCAAGUCGGCCAUCCUCUCGUCCGCCGCCGCCCUCUCGGUCUACGCCCUCUCCAACGAGUACUACGUCGUCAACGAGGAGACCGUCGUGGCCUUCUGCCUACUCAGCGUUUGGGGCGCCGUCAUCAAGUACGGCGGCCCCAUGUACAGCGAGUGGGCCGACGCCCAGGCCGAGAGGGUCAAGGGCAUCCUGAACGCGGCCCGCGCCGACCACACCCAGGCCGUCAAGAACCGCAUCGGCAACGUCCAGCAGAUGGCGAGCGUCGUUGACAUAACCAAGUCGCUGUUUACCGUCUCCAAGGAGACCGCCCAGCUUGAGGCCCAGGCCUACGAGCUCGAGCAGAAGACCGCGCUGGCCGCCGAGGCCAAGACCGUUCUGGACUCGUGGGUCCGCUACGAGGGCCAGGUCAAGCAGCGCGAGCAGAGGGAGCUCGCCGAGUCCAUUAUCGCCAAGGUCAAGAAGGAGCUUGAGAACCCGAAGGCGCUCGACCGCAUUCUCCAGCAGAGCAUUUCUGAUGUUGAGAGGAUCGUCGCUUCCAAGCAAUAGAGGGCCGGAGACCAAUAGAACUAAACAAAAGACCCUUCCCUUCCCUUUGUACUCCCUCCCGUGUCGAUACACCCUGUGCUAUAGUCAAUCCAUUGAUCCUCCGAUGCCA